AUGAAUCCGGCCAAUAAAUGUUGUUUCUGUUUAUCUUUGCAAACGGGUUGUAUAAUGAUUGCAUUACUUGAGUUAUUUUUGUCGGGCAUGAACAUUGAUUAUAUAAUGUAUCUAUUAAAUAGAACUUAUUCCCGAGAAACCGAAUAUAAAUUCCCAGAUCAAGUACUCUACACUAUCUUGCAACUGAUUCCAGACUUAUUGUCUGUCUUGGCCUCUUGUAUGUUGCUAAUUUCAAUCAUAUCGCAAUACUUUUGUCUGUUUUGGACAACGCUUACCAUUCAAGCCAUUCAGGCUGUGUAUCUAGUGUUGUUCAGUAUAAUUUCAGCAGCAAUCACAGAAAAUUUGAUAAUAAAUGAGAGCCUCUGGCAUAAUAUUACCUAUUGGCUAUACGUGGUAAUUUGGCUGGCUUUGACAUUAUAUUUUAUGUACAUAAUCUAUUCGUACUAUCGACAACUGAAGCAGAGAGAAACUGAAAAUCUUGCAGAGUAAUUGCUAG